AUGUACUAUUUCUACAUGCCAUUUUGUGUGUUCGUUGGGCUGACUGGAAAUACGAUGGUUUGGAUUUUGAUCAGGUAUGUAAAUUUUAAAAUUUUUUUCCGUUGGGGACAAAUUUUUGAGCUGAAAAACUAGGAAGGAAGGAAGGAAGUCACGAUGUUUUUUAUUUGAUAAUUUGAUUCGAAUUAUGUAGGAAGAAGAAAAAAUUGCGAAUUUGAUGUCAUUAUUUUUCUAUGAGCACAAAAAUGAGCCGAAGGUUGAGAAUUUCUGAAAUUUCGUGGUUUUGAGAGGUCGUAACUCAUGUUAGAGAAGAUUUUUAUGGAAAAUUGAGUACAGGGUGAUGUUCAGAAGGGUUGAUUUUAUAAAAUCAAAAAUUUUGACCACGAAAAAUUUUUCUGAAAAAGUAUGGAACCUAAAAUUUGCGAAUUUGGUAAAUCGAUCCUCCUGAACAUUUCCCUGUGCUCAAUUUUUGUUAAAAUCUUCUUUAACAUGAGUUAUGGGCUCUCAAAACUACAAAUUUUCGAAAAUUCCUUUUUUUUUUCAAAUGUGCAAUCCUGAGCGUAUUUUCUGAGCCACGAAAUUUUUUUCUGAAAAAUUUGGAUUCAAAAAUCUUCUCUAACAUGAGUUAUGAGCUCUCAAAACCACAUAUUUUCGAUUUUGGGGCUCUUCAGAGAGUUGCUCAACAAAAACUGAAAACAGGAUUUUUCUCAGCUUGAAAAACUGUAUAGCAUGAAAUUUUGGGAAGAAAAUCUGAGUUCUGAAAUUCCUGUAAACCACAAAAUUAAUUUUGAAAUGCCACGUAUCUUGGUCAUUUUCCAAAUCAAAUUUUUUUUAAUUUGCAAAAUUUUUUCAAUUCCGAUGAAAAUUGUGAAUUCCAAAAACUAAUUAAUUUUUUCUUUCACUCAAAACACAAAGUUUGUAGUUUUUGCUUCAUACUUCCUUCCUCCUCUUUCCUUUUUCCCAAUCUAUACAAUUUUUCAACCACAACAAAAAUAUAUAAUUGUUAUUUAUUCAUCCCAAGACGCCUCUUCAAUUUUUUUCAUUUUUUUUUGAAACUCAAACUCAAACUCGAAACGAAUUUUAAUGAGCCAGAGGAUUUUUUUAUUCGACAAAUACAGAGUUUUUUAUGUAUAUGUUUUUGAAGAGAGGAGGUUUCUUGGAAUUUUAGAAUUUCGGAAAUUUGUUUUUUUUUUGAGGAGAAGAAUAGAGACCGAAAUAUAAUGGAUUGUAUUUCAAAGAAAAGAAUUGAAAUAAUUGGAAUAAAUGAAUUAUUGGGAAGAAAUGGGGAAAAUUGGAUUUUUUUUUUGGAAAAUUCUGAAAGAGUUCCAGAAAUUUUGCAAAUUAUAAAAAAAAUUCAGCACAACUUUGAAAAAAAAACUAGAAAUUUCAGUAAAACUUCUGAAAUAGUCUCCAGAAUUUUUUGAUCGGAAUUUUCAGUUUUUAUGAACCUGUGGUUAGGAAAAUGGGAAAAUUGGAUAUUUCUGGAAAGUUUUCUUCUGAAUCUUCAGAAUUGAGAUCUGGAGUUCUAGAAAUUUUGCAGCUAUAAAUCAGAAAUUAAAAAUUUAGCACAACUUCGAAAAAAAAACUAGAAAUUCACUGAAACUUCAGAAAAUCUGAAAAUUUCCCCAGAAUUUUCAGAUGAGAAUUUUCAGUUUUUAUGAAUCUGCGGUUAGGAAAAUGGGGAAAAUUGGAUUUUUCUAGAAAAUUUCUGAAAAUUCUGGAAUUUGAGAAUUGAAGUUCCAGAAAUUUUGCAGCUAUAAAUCAAAAAUUGAAAAAAUUCAGCACAACUUCGAAAAAAAAACUAGAAAUUCAGAAAAUCUGAAAAUUUACCCAGAAUUUUCAGUUUUUAUGAAUCUGGGGUUAGAAAAAUGGGAAAAUUGGAUUUUUCUGGAAAAUUUCUGAAAAUUCUGAAACUUGAGAAUUGAAAUCGAGAAUUCCAGAAAUUUUGCAGAUUAAAAAAAAAUAAAUAAAAAAAUCAGCACAACUUCGAAAAAAAAACUAGAAAUUUUUUUUUUCAUGGACCGCUCUUAUCUUAAAAAAAUCUGAAAUCUGGAAAAAUGACGGGAUUUUGAACAGAAAAUGGGGAAAAUUGGAUUUUUUUUGGAAAAUUCUGAAAGUUGAGAAUUGAAAUAUCAGAAAAUUUAAUCUGAAAAAGUCAAAAAUCAAAUUUAUUACCUAAAAAAAAUUUUGAGCCAAAAAAAAUCGAGCCUUCUCAAAAAAGGCCAAUCUUGAAUCCAACUAUAAAAAUCAGGCCAGAUGUCCGAGUUCAAAACAAAACCUCCAACAUCAAUUUUCCAGAUCAAAUCGAAUGCUAUCGAAACUUCCCACAAACAUCUACCUGCUGUGUUUGGCCGCGGUCUCCUCGUUUUUCCUCUUCUCACUUCUCGUUUUUUGGAUUGAAGAGGUCGCUAAUAUAUACUUCUAUGUAUGUGCAUGCCAUUUUUCGCUCUUUUUAGGUUUUGGUUUGAAAUCGCACCCUGAAAUCCUCUCUGAGCACAGAAUGUUGAGUUUUGCCACGUGGCAAAAUUGAAUUUUGAACAUCGAAAAUUGUCCUGUCUAGUCUCUAGCAUGAGCAAUGAUCCCAACUUCCUGUCCUUCACCACUCUAUCUCUAAUUUUCCACACCAAUUUUCCAUCAAAAUCUACAUAAUUUUCAAAAUUUUCUCUCAAAAUUCCCCAAAUUUUCCAGGACAUUUUCGAGGAUUCCAUUUUGCGCAACUCGAAUUACAGCUGCAUUUUCAACACAUUUCUGGCACACGUCUGUGAUUUUUCGUCGGUUUGGUUGAUUGUUUUGGUGGGAUUUGAGAGACUGAUCUUGUUGUAUCGGAAGACGAGGAUGUUGACGGUGGAGAGGGCCAGAGCGCAGGUUAUAGGUGAGUCUGGGAUUUUUGGGGGGAAUUUUCGAAUUUUGAAAUGGAAAAGCUUUCUCUGGAGAGCUAAAGAGGGGACUAGGUUUUGCAAUUUGA